GGGCCUGGUUCGAGCUGGUGGGCCCCCUCCCGCCGACCAUUGUGGGAAUCAGUUUUGGGGGACCCCGCUGUAAGCUUUAGGGGUGCUGCCCUCCCAUUCCUUGCAUCCAGCUCCAGUCUUGCACUAGGACUCAGCUCGCCCAGGACCAGCCAUGGCCUUGGGGGGCCCCGCAGUGCUAUGUAUGAAGGCAGCAGCCCCCAUCCUGCCACUACUCCUGUUGCUGCUGCUCCUGCCUCUUCCCCACGAGGUACUAUCAGCUAUGAGGCCCUUCCAUACCUUCUCUGCAGCUGACACCACCUUGACCCACCUAGCUGUGCACCGGGGCACAGGGGAAGUGUUUGUGGGGGCCGUGAACCGGGUGUUCAAGUUGUCCCCAAACCUCACAGAGCUCCGUGCCCACAUCACCGGCCCCAUUGAAGACAAUGCUCGCUGCUAUCCCCCUCCAAGCAUGCGGGUCUGCACCCACCACUUGGUACCCACCGACAACAUCAACAAACUGCUGCUCAUUGACUAUGCCAGUCGGCGCCUGGUGGCCUGUGGCAGCAUCUGGCAGGGCAUCUGCCAGUUCCUUCGCCUCGAUGACCUUUUUAAACUGGGUGAGCCACAUCAUCGCAAAGAACACUAUCUGUCAGGGGCCCAGGAGCCCGACACCAUGGCUGGGGUCAUUGUGGAGCAGGGGUCGGAGCCCAGCAAGCUGUUCAUUGGCACAGCCAUCGACGGCAAGUCGGAGUACUUCCCCACCCUCAGUUCCCGCAAGCUCAUCCGAGAUGAGGACAGCGCUGAUAUGUUCAGCCUGGUGUACCAGGAUGAGUUUGUAUCCUCACAGAUCAAGAUCCCCUCAGACACCCUGUCGCUGUACCCAGCCUUUGACAUUUACUAUGUGUAUGGCUUUGGGAGUGAGUCUUUUGUCUACUUCCUGACACUACAGCUUGAUACCCAGCAGACACUACUAGAUGCGGCUGGCGAGAAAUUCUUUACAUCCAAGAUUGUGCGCAUGUGUGCUGGUGAUUCAGAGUUCUACUCCUAUGUGGAAUUCCCCAUUGGCUGUUCCAGAGAUGGUGUGGAGUUCCGCCUGGUCCAGAGCGCCCACCUGGCAAAGCCUGGCCCCCGGCUGGCCCAGACACUGGGGGUGUCAGAAGAUGAGGAUGUGCUCUUUACCAUUUUCUCUCAGGGCCAGAAGAACCGUGCCAGCCCACCCCGCCAGACACUGCUUUGCCUCUUUACUCUCAGGGACAUCAAUGCCCACAUUCGGCGCCGCAUCCAGUCCUGCUACCGUGGGGAGGGCAAACUGUCUCUGCCCUGGCUGCUGAAUAAGGAACUUCCCUGCAUCAAUACACCCAUGCAGAUAAAUGGGAACUUCUGUGGCCUAGUCCUGAACCAGCCUCUGGGCGGGUUGCAGGUGAUUGAAGGGCUGCCGCUGCUCGAGGACCGAUCAGAUGGCAUGGCCAGUGUGGCCGCCUACACCUACCGUCAGCACUCAGUCGUCUUCAUUGGCACCCGCAAUGGCAACCUCAAGAAGGUGCGUGUGGAUGGCAUCCAGGAUGCACGCCUGUAUGAGACGGUGCCUGUGGCGGAUGGGAGACCCAUUCUCCGAGAUCUUCUAUUUAGCCCAGACCAUCAGUAUAUCUACCUCCUGAGUGACAAGCAGGUGAGCCAGGUCCCUGUGGAGACGUGUGAGCAAUAUCUUCACUGUGGGGCCUGCCUGGGCUCUGGGGACCCCCACUGCGGCUGGUGUGUGCUGCAUAACAAAUGCUGCCGGGAGGGCGAGUGCCCUCGGGCUUGGGAGCCGCACCGCUUCACCGAGGUGCUCAGCGAGUGCGUCCAUGUCUCAGUACAGCCCAGCAACGUGUCUGUCACUGUGCCCGAGGUGCAGGUGACUUUGUUGGUGCAGAACGUGCCCGACCUGAGUGGGGGAGUGAGCUGCUCCUUUGAGUCCAUGGCGGAGAGCGAGGCAUCCCUGCUGGCCCCUGGGCAGCUGCAGUGCCUCUCCCCCUCCCUGCGGGACAUCCCUGCCAUCACCAGCGGGCGUGGUGCCACUGCUACUGUCCAGCUCUACCUCCACUCCAAAGAGACUGGCUUGAAGUUUGCCCAGGCCGAUUUUGUCUUCUACAACUGCAGCACCUUCCAGUCGUGCUUGUCCUGUGUCAGCAGCCCCUACCCUUGUCACUGGUGUAAGUACCGCCAUAUGUGCACAGACGACGCCAGGGAAUGCUCUUUUCAGGAGGGCCGGGUCAAUACUACUGAGGGCUGCCCAGAGAUUCUGCCCAGUGGGGAGAUCUUGAUCCCUGUGGGUGUGGUUCAGCCACUCACGCUUCGGGCCAAGAACCUACCCCAGCCCCAGUCCGGGCAGAAGAACUAUGAAUGUGUGUUUCGCAUCCAGGGCAGGCAGCAGAGGGUGCCUGCCAUCCGAUUCAACAGCAGUAGUGUCCAGUGCCAGAACACCUCGUAUUCCUAUGAGGGAGACGCCCAAGAAGCCGUGACAUUAGAUUUCUCUGUGGUGUGGGACGGCGACUUCUACAUCGACAAGCCAGACAACUUCAAAGCCCUGUUAUACAAGUGCUGGGCCCAGAGGGAGAGCUGUGGUUUGUGUCUGAAGGCUGACCCCCGCUUCGAGUGUGGCUGGUGCAUUUCAGAGAAGAAGUGCCAAUUGCGGGCCCACUGCCCUAUGCCCAAGGGCAACUGGAUGCACCCAAGCAAGAGGAACCCGCGAUGCAGCCAUCCACGCAUUACCAAGAUCUACCCUGUGAAGGGCCCCAAGGAAGGGGGCACGCAGGUGACUGUGUUGGGGGAGAACCUCGGCCUGACAUACCAUGAGGUUGGUGUGCGAGUAGCGGGCGUUCGCUGCAAUUCCAUCCCUGCUGCAUACAUCAGUGCUGAACGGAUAGUGUGUGAGAUGGAGGAGUCUCUGGUGCCCAGCCCACUACCAGGGCCUGUGGAGCUGUGUGUGGGUGACUGCUCUGCUGACUACCGGACCCAGUCUGAGCAUCUCUACACCUUUGUGACCCCAACUUUUGACCAAGUGAGCCCCACCCAAGGGCCAGCUUCUGGGGGCACCCACCUCACUAUCUCCGGCAGUCACUUGGAUGCAGGCAGCAGUGUGGCGGUGGCUGUGAGGAACAGAGAAUGCCAGUUUGUGAGGAGAAGUGCCAAGGAAAUCCUGUGCAUCUCUCCCAGCUCAGGCCUGGGUCCUGGCCAAGCUGCCAUCACUGUCCGCAUCGACCGUGCUAACAUCUCUAGUCCAGCCGUGCUCUACACCUACACUCAGGAUCCCACCAUUACCCUCCUGGAGCCAGCCUGGAGCAUCUUUAAUGGUAGUACCACCAUCACUGUAACGGGAACCCACCUGCUGACAGUCCAGGAGCCCCGAGUCCGAGCCAAGUACCGUGGCAUUGAGACAAUCAAUACCUGCCAAGUGCUCAAUGACACUGUCAUGCUCUGCAAGGCCCCUGGCAUCUUCUAUGGGCAUUCUCACCCACCCUCUGAAGGAGAGCAUCCCGAUGAGUUUGGCUUCCUGCUAGAUCAUGUGCAGGCUACUCGGACCCUGGACCGCUCAGCCUUCACCUACUACCCCAACCCCAGCUUUGAGCCCCUCGGCCCCACUGGCGUCUUGGACAUCAAGCCAGGCUCCCAUAUCAUUCUCAAGGGAAAGAACCUCAUUCCAGUGGCCUCAGGCAGUUCCCGACUCAACUACACUGUGCUGAUUGGAGGCCAGCCAUGUGCGCUCACUGUCUCUGACACUCAGCUUCUCUGUGAUUCGCCGAGCCAGACUGGCAAGCAGCCUGUCAUGAUCCUGGUGGGGGGCCUGGAGUUCUGGCCAGGGACACUGCACAUCUAUGCAGACCGAGCGCUAACCCUGCCGGCCAUGGCUGGCCUGGGAGCAGGCGGUGGGCUGCUGCUUCUCGCCAUUGGGGCCGUCCUCAUCGCCUACAAGCGCAAGACCCGAGACGCUGACCGUACCCUCAAGCGACUGCAGCUACAGAUGGACAAUCUGGAGUCUCGCGUGGCCCUGGAGUGCAAGGAAGCCUUUGCCGAGCUUCAGACAGAUAUCAAUGAGCUGACCAAUAACAUGGAUGGGGUCAAGAUCCCCUUCCUUGACUAUAAAACCUACGCCAUGCGAGUGCUGUUCCCUGGAAUUGAAGAGCAUCCUGUGCUUAAAGAAUUGGAUACCCCUCCCAACAUGGAGAAAGCACUACACCUGUUUGGGCAGCUGCUGCACAGCCGUGCCUUUGUGCUGACCUUCAUCCACACACUGGAGGCCCAGAGGAGCUUCUCAAUGCGCGACCGGGGCAAUGUGGCCUCCCUCACCAUGGUGGCAUUGCAGGGCCGUAUGGACUAUGCCACUGGCCUGCUCAAGCAGCUGCUUGCUGACCUCAUCGAGAAGAACCUGGAGAGCAAGAACCACCCCAAGCUGCUGCUGCGGAGGACAGAAUCAGUAGCAGAAAAGAUGCUGACCAACUGGUUCACCUUCCUGCUGCACCGCUUCCUAAAGGAGUGCGCAGGGGAACCCCUCUUCAUGCUCUUCUGUGCCAUCAAGCAGCAGAUGGAGAAGGGGCCCAUCGAUGCUAUCACAGGGGAAGCCCGCUAUUCCCUGAGUGAGGACAAGCUCAUCCGCCAGCAGAUUGACUACAAGAUGCUGACCCUGCACUGUGUGUGUCCUGAGAGUGAGGGCAAUGUGGAGGUCCCUGUGAAAGUCCUCAACUGUGACACCAUCACCCAGGCCAAGGACAAGCUGCUGGACACUGUGUACAAGGGCAUUCCCUACUCCCAGCGCCCUAAGGCAGAUGACAUGGAUUUAGAAUGGCGUCAGGGUCGGGUGACCCGAAUCAUUCUGCAGGAUGAGGAUGUUACCACCAAGAUUGAAUGUGACUGGAAGAGACUCAACUCCUUGGCACAUUACCAGGUGACAGACGGCUCCUCGGUUGCACUGGUGCCUAAGCAAGUGUCUGCCUACAACAUCGCUAAUUCUUUCACCUUCACCCGUUCCCUCAGCCGCUAUGAAAGCCUGCUCCGCACCUCCAGCAGUCCAGACAGUCUCCGCUCUCGAGCACCCAUGAUCACCCCUGACCAGGAGACGGGCACAAAGCUGUGGCACCUGGUCAAAAACCACGACCACGCCGACCAUCGGGAGGGUGACCGGGGCAGCAAGAUGGUGUCCGAGAUCUACUUGACGCGGCUGCUGGCAACCAAGGGCACCCUGCAGAAGUUUGUAGACGAUCUCUUUGAGACAGUGUUCAGCACUGCGCACAGGGGCUCGGCCCUGCCCCUCGCCAUCAAGUACAUGUUCGACUUCCUGGAUGAGCAGGCAGACCGGCAGCAGAUUGCUGACCCUGAUGUGCGGCACACCUGGAAAAGCAAUUGCCUCCCUCUCCGCUUCUGGGUGAACGUGCUCAAGAACCCACAGUUUGUGUUCGACAUUCACAAGAACAGUAUCACGGAUGCCUGCCUGUCGGUGGUGGCCCAGACGUUCAUGGACUCAUGUUCCACCUCUGAGCACCGGCUGGGCAAGGAUUCGCCCUCCAACAAGCUCCUCUAUGCCAAGGAUAUCCCCAACUACAAGACCUGGGUAGAGAGGUACUAUCGAGAUAUCUCAAAGAUGGCAUCAAUCAGUGACCAAGAUAUGGAUGCCUACCUUGUGGAACAGUCCCGCCUCCACGCCAAUGACUUCAACACCCUCAGUGCCCUCAGUGAGCUCUACUUCUACAUCAACAAGUAUCGGGAAGAGAUCCUCACUGCCCUGGACCGAGAUGUUGGCUGCCGAAAGCAGAAGCUGCGCCUCAAAUUGGAGCAGGUCAUCAGCCUGGUGUCCAGCAACAGCUGAGGACUGAGGGGCUGGGGAGGGGAACCCAGCAGCCCACCCUCCCUUCUCUCUGCUCCCUCCCCCAUAGCCCAUCCCCCCUUCUCAACUCCCCCCCACACACAGCCCAUCCCCCUUCCCUGCCUCCCUUCAGGGGGGCCCUGCAUCCCAUCCCCUUUCUCUCUGCCCACCCGGAGGGGGGGGAGGGGGGAGGAGGAGGCCUUUGUCUCUACUUACCACUGCCAGAAGAGACUUCAGAUGGACAGGCCUCCCCUCACCCCCACCAGAGAUAGAAGGGGGAGACAGGCUGGGCACAUCUGGGUAGACCUGCACACCCCCCCACCUGAGAAACCAAAGGGGGGCAGUGUCUAACUUUAGCCUCGUGGAGAGGAGGGGCUUUACUUAGUGCCUUUCUUUUUUGGGGGGUGGGGGGCCACCGCUAUUCAGGCAGGUCCCCCACAGCCAACAGCAGCAAUACCCCCAGAGAUGGACCCCCAACUCUCCCACCCCCCUCUAAGCUCUGAUCUCUGCCCAACCCCCUUUGUGUAUGCUAAUCCCAGGUGGUGUUCAACAGAACCUCUCCUCAGCCUGUAUUUCUAACACCCCGUCCCCAAAGCCCCGACUUGGCCUAUUUAUUUAAUUUUCACACCCACCCCUGUAAAUAUUCUUCCUACCUGAGGGUGGCUAGUGCUGUGCCCCGUGGAGAUGGCCAGCCAGGGGCCACGGCCCUCCUUCUCCCCCUUCUCCCCCUUCCCCCCCUUCCCCUAGUCCUGUUCUCGGGCCCUCGUGGCCCCUCUUGCUUUGUUCCUGGGACUGUCACCUCAGGAGCUCCUGUUUGUACAUGUGUGUGCUGGUCACGGGGCCAGCAACUUUCACAGCCUCUUGCCAGUCUGGAAGGUGGUAGCAAGGGCCUGGCUUCAAGCUUUCCCCUUCCACCCGGGGUGCAGUGGAAGGAGCCCUCGGACCUAGUCCUUGCCCUCAUGGGGCCUGUUUCCUCAUCUUUAAACUUGAGGGAUUGAGGGAGAAGAUCUCCAAGGGCCCUCCCAACUCUGCCAGCAUACCUGUCCUCCACAUCCCAGUCAGUGCCAGGCAUCCGGUCUCCUCACUGCACCCAGCAAAGCAAUAACAAGGGUCUACCUGGUGCCACCUCCCCCUCCAGUGAGCCCUGCCCCCACCCGCUUCUGUGCCGCCUUUCCCUUGCCUUCCGAGGCCUGCCAACGCAGCCCCCGGGGCUGAGAGAGUUCUGAGUACCCGAGGGGAAAGAGAGGCAUGGACGCCUGGGCUGGGAGAGAGGCUUGUUGACUUCUAGAGGCCGUGCCUUAUUCCUUAAUUUAUUCUGUACACUGCCCCAAAGUGUAGACGUUUUCUGUACAAAGCCAAGCAACUGGCCUACUCUGUAAAUAAGUGUCUGAUUUGUCUUUUGUCUCUCUUCUCCUUCCUCCUCCCCCAUUCCCGGCCGCAUGAGCUUUUUAUUUUUUAUUUUUUCAUUUUGUAAUUAUUUCCUUUUGCUAAUUAAAAUGCCUGGAAAAGAAGUGGCUUUUAGCCCUGCUAAUUGAGGGGGCAUUUUGCCCCCUUUCAUCCAUGCCCUCUGGGAACUUGGGGGUUAGCAUAGACCCUGGGUUACAGCAAGAUGUUUAGGGGGGUCUGGAGGGGAGAAUGACACAGGUACAAAUACGCUAGGCCGGGAUUAGUAACUCUGGGGCCUUCUCUUAACUAGGGUUAGAUCCAAAGAAAGCAAUCUGACCCAGGGUAGGGCUUCUCACAUAAUAGGUGCUCAAUAAAGGUGUGUUGAGGAGAACACCUUGCCACUGGAAGUUAAUUGGCGUGGGGGGUGGGACUGGUUUCAGGAAUUCUGCAAAGCCAUUGGCCACCUCAGUCUGUUACGUGCUAAAAGACCACUAUCUCCAUCAUGUCUGCCUUUCAAUUUCUACAGUGUGUUACCAAGCCUUCAA